ACUCUUACGUUUUGUGACAUAUUUUGGGUCUUUGGGACAUCAAAGGGAGACCCAAAACAACAACACCGUUCUACCAGACCAGUUCAAUUCAAAGUCUUUCUCUCUUUCUCUCUCUGAAAAUGUCCGACGGAGCUUUAACGGUCCUUGACGGCAGUCACCUGAGAGCCGUGGACCUCUCUGUCCCCGACUCCGACGUCACCCUGACCGGAGCUCACGUCCUCGACCUCGCCGACUCCAAGGCCUCUUCGUCUCUCUUCGGCCUCACCUUGCCUCAGGGACUCAAGUCCUCUGCUCUGAAACGCGUCAAUGUUCAAGACGACGACGUUUUCCGUCAAGCCGAGCUCGAUCGCCACCAGGCUCUGAAGCUCGCCAGAGACUACAUCGCCGCGAUCGCCGAUGAGUUGAAAGAUGAUCCGAUUGUUAUAUCUAUCUUGGAUGGGAACACGAUUCGGCUAUUUUUGGAGGAUGAGGAUGACUUUGCAAUGCUGGCAGAGAAUCUGUUCACUGAUCUUGAUGCAGAAGAUGUAGGAAAGCUCAGCAAGAGUGUGAUCCAGAGCGCGCUGCUUCACAUGGGAGUUGAGAUGGGUGUCCCUCCCGUUUCAGAAUUUCCUCCACUAAGUGAUAUAUUGACGAAACAUGGAGCUUAUGGGGAAGAAGAACUUGGCCAAGCUCAAUUCGCUGAAUUACUCCAGCCUAUCUUACAAGAACUAGCAGAAGCCCUGGCAAAAAAGAAUGUUGUUCUUAUCCAGAACAUCAAGAUUGUGAAUGGUUCUAAGCUGAGAAAGCUGUUGGCUGAUGAGAAACAAAUCAACAGUGUCAUAGAGAAGAUAUUGCAAGGGAAAAAGGAUGGCUUGGGGAGUGCAGAUGUAAUCAGGAGUUAUCUUGAGAAAAAUGAGCUAGAGUUGGGGUUGCCACCAUCUGAAGGAAACGAGCCAGCGGCUAUUUUAUAUGAUCUAGUGUUUACCGAGCUUGAGCAAGACAAGAGUGCUCUGAAAGAAGGCGAAGAUAAUUUCGGAAAUCUUGUGAAGAAGAUCCUUGAGAAACUGGCUGAGCAGCUAGAAUCUAAUCCUGUAUUUCAUGAUACCGAGCACUGAGAGAAAGAGACAAGUUUACACCAUCCUGUGUAUCGAAGUCUCAAUGGCAGAGAUUCUUGUUUGUGCAGCCCUUUCGGAAUAUUGUUCACAUGUUUUCCUUAUCCAUAACAGCCAUAUACAGAAGUUACAAUGUAAAACCUGUGUUGUAUGUAAUAUGUCUUUGAAUUAUUUCAUGCUUUGAUAACAUUGGUUUUAACUUGAUAUGAUAUUCAGUACUUAAGAGUCAUUUCGAGUGGAGAAAUAUACAAAACAAGAAGCUUUCUGAUACAGAUUGCUUCUUUUUUGGAAGGGGAUACAGAUUUGCUUCUUGGUUUCACUACAAUGUGUUACUUGUUUUUGCACUGUUUGGCAUUGGUACAAUGAUUGCAGUACUAGUAAUUCCUUC